CGGCUGCUGGGAGCGAUGCUGGGGGCGUGGAAGGCGGGGCGGCCGAACUGGGGGAGCGGGGUCCCUGGCCGAAAGGCGGUGGGCGCCCUCGCGGCUCUGGUGGGGCUGUUGCUGGUGGCGUCGAUAGUGCAUCGGCUUUUGGCCCUCCCGGUGACGUACCAUUCUGCGCCCGGGGACAGUCUGCGCGUGCUCAGCUUCAACGUGUACCAGGGCUACAACCGGGCGGGGGGCAACAACUUCCGGGCCAUCCAGAACGUUAUCCGGGACCAGAAGCCGCACUUCGUCAUGUUGCAAGAGACGGACACGAUGCGCAUCAUCCAGGGCAACCGCGAUAUGGUGGACUACUUGUCUCUGGGCUUGCGCAUGUAUGCGUUGGCCACUCCCCCAACCCGCAAGAACACGUGGGGCUGCGCUAUGCUCUCCAGGUUCCCCUUUAAAUCGGCCACGUGGGAGGUCCUACCGUCGGAGAACGGAGAGGCGGCCUGCUUCCAACAUGCAACGGUUCAAGUUGGGACCCAAACGCUACACCUCAUGAACACUCACUUUGGCGAGGACGACCGAGACCGAACAGCACAGGCUCGGGCAGUUGCGGAGCACAUCCGGGAGGCCUUGCAAACUGGAGGCAAGGCAGACGAAAGGUUAUCGGGCCAGGAACAGCCCGUAACCAAUGUUAGCGACACGAGUUCGUCGGCUCGUGUGUCAAUCGUGCUGGCUGGGGACUUCAACUCAGCGCCGCUGAGCCCACAGUAUAUGGAGAUCGUGUCUGCUGGCAUAAGCGAUGCUCGCGUUGAGUUAUAUGGGCAGUGGAAAAACCCUGCAGAGAGGGACCGAGGAGCAGGGCUUGUAUUUGUAUCGCGUGCGCUGAACUGUACAAAAUGGGUAGAGCCGACUUACGACCAGCAGAAGACCGCGGAUGGGAACCCAGUCGUUGUCACCUUUACAAGGCUGCUUGAACAGAGCUCGAAUUUUGUUAAGGACAAGAUGACGGCCAGCAACGGGGACGCCAAUGGGUCCGCUGAGGUGAAGACCACGUCAAGUGGCGCUGCAGCCAAUCAGCAGAAGAUGGGCUCUGAUGGGAAGACGCCCCUGUACACUUCGGGGGGUGGCCACCCCAUCCAAGACGACAACAACAGUUUCACGGUUGGUGAUGGGGGCCUUAUCCUGAUGGAAGAUUUUACGCUGAUCGAGAAGCUCGCCCACUUCAACCGCGAGAGAAUCCCCGAGCGAGUCGUCCAUGCGAGCGGCCAGGGAGGGCACGGCUACUUCGAAGUCACCAAGGACGUCACGCACCUGUGCAAAGCCAAUUUUUUGAGCGAGGUGGGCAAGAGGACUCCCAUCCUCGCUCGCUUCUCCACCGUUGGAUUCGAGUCCGGUGGUGCGGACACCGUCCGUGACCCGCGGGGCUUCUCCGUCAAGUUCUAUACGGAGGAGGGCAACUGGGACAUGGUGGGCAACAACACCCCGGUGUUCUUCAUCCGUGACCCGAGCAAGUUCCCCGACCUCAUCCACACUCAGAAGCGCCACCCGGCGAAGCACACCAAGGACCCCGACAUGUUCUGGGACUUCCUCAGCCUCGUGCCCGAGUCGUUCCACCAGGUGCUGAUCCUGUUCAGCCCUCGUGGUGUCCCGGUCAGCCCCCGGUACAUGAACGGCUACGGCAGCCACACCUUCAAGUGGGUCAACAAGGAGGGCCAGUUCAACUGGGUCAAGUUCCACUUCAAGACUAACCAGGGCAUCAAAAACUGGACCCAUCAGGAGGCCGUGAAGGUCGCAGGCGAGAGUCCUGAUUCUGCAAAGGAGGACCUUUACGAAGCGAUUGCACGGGGAGAGCACCCGAGCUGGACCUUCUAUGUUCAGGUGAUGAGCCCCGAACAAGCGGAGACCUUCAAGUGGGACCCGUUCGAUCUGACCAAGACGUGGCCGCACAAGGAGUACCCCCUGCAGGAGGUCGGCCGGUUGGUUCUUGACCGCAACGUAACCAACUACUUCAACGAGGUGGAGCAGGCGGCCUUCAGCCCGUCGCAUAUGCCCCCUGGCAUCCAGGCAUCCCCCGACCGGGUGCUGCAGGCCCGCCUGUUUAGCUACGACGAUGCGGCGCGGUACCGCCUGGGCUCCAACUUCUUACUGAUUCCCGUCAACAAGCCGCGUCACAAGGCGCAGAACUAUCACGUUGACGGCCUCAUGCAGUGCGGUGACAACGGCGGUUCUGGACCCAAUUACUAUCCCAACAGUCGCGAGCUGUACCCUAACGCGCCGCGGCCCGACCCGGCCGUCAAGUACCCCGAGCCGUUCCAAGUCCCGGCAGGUCUCGCCGGCCGCUAUAUCAACAAGAAGUGGGCGGACCAGGAUGAUUGGGAUCAGCCGCGUGCCUUGUGGGAGAAGUUCUCGGACGAGGACAAGGAGCAGACGCUGAGCAACAUCGUGGGCAUGCUCGCGCCCUGCCAGCAGUUCCUGCAGGACCGAGUCGUUGGGCUGUUUGGCAAGAUCCACGAGGAUAUGGCCGCCGGUCUGACCAAGAGGCUGAACGCGGCGAAGGAGGGGAAGGCCAAGACGAGCCAGACCGCUUAAUCAGACUUUGCUGGAGACUUCUCUCUAAGAGCGCUGUGAUCUUUGAUCAAAUGACUUGAUUUGAUUGAGGGACGUUUCAGCCGGGCUUUGAAAGUGUUGAGGGUAGGAAAGUAAUGUACAUACAGAAGCUUGCGUGAACUUGUGCAAAGUCGAAAACGUAGCUGAAUGCGCAGGGAAUUACCUUGAAAGUUGCAUAAUCAAGUUAGGCUCAUAGGUCUGAAAAGCGUAGACGAAAGGAGGCUUCGUUUUUGCUAGAUUGUAGUUGCUGACAAAGAGGGGAAUUGGAAGUAUUGCGUUUACUUGCAUGGAUUCGUUUUCUUCAGCUUGCCACCUCAUUCUAUUGAAGACGUGUAGUCCAAUCCCGAACUCAUCUGUUUCGAAU